AUGGAUGCGGUCAGAGAGACUUGGACGCUGGACAUUGAUCCCGAUACCCAUCGAUGUGAAAGGUGCAAGAGUAACCGCACUGUGAAGUAUCUCUUCCUCUUGGGGGAAGAGGCAGCAGACGAGGCACCCGAGCUGGACGUCGCAGUUUUGCGAAGGUGCAACAGUGAUUAUGAGCAUCUUGCACACAAAGUCCGUCAGGGGAUCCGCUAUGCAGUCACGCAUUACAGCUUCCACGUGCUGCUGAAAGCAGAUACCGACUCCUGGAUUUUCCUGGAUCGCCUGAUCGACUUUGCUGAAAGCCACCGCCUGUUUGCGAGGUCCGCAGUCCACGCUGGCGAGAUCCGCCGCCAUGGCAAGCCUCAAACCUACAAAGGCGCACAGAAUCGCGAUGAGGUCUUCAGCCAGCUCACAAGCCAGGACACCUACCCGGUCUACACUCCUGGCUGCGGCUAUCUCCUGACGCGGGAUCUUUGCAACUACAUCAGCCUGCUCUCCGAGGAUCACCACCGAAGAGCCAAGGAUCGUGGCGGUGAGGACGCAGCUCUGCCUGGGCUCAUGGAGCUCCCACAAGAAGACGUGGCAGUUGGAUUCUGGUUGGAGGCAGUCGACCACCAGCGGUUGAGCAUGCCCUUGUCCAUCUUCGGAGAUGCCUGCCGAAGAUCGGAUGGCGAGUCCCUGGUGCUGGAUCACUACGUCUCGCAGGAUCAAAUGCAUCGCAGAUGGCACAAUCUGCAACAGAGUGGAGACCCGUGUCACGGAGAGGCCGGCGCUUUCUGA